AUGCCUUCUGAUCCUACGGCGUACACGCUGGUAGCCUCCAACGUGGGCUACCAGCUGGACCUGUCGACCCAGGAGUUGCGGCAGAACUUGCAGAGUCACAGCGACGAGGUCAAGCUGGAAACGCUACGUGCGAUUAUUGUUUCCACACUCAAUGGCGAGCCUCAUGCGUCGUUGUUGAUGCCGAUUAUCCAGUACGUGCUUCCUAGUAAGAACAAGCAGAUCAAGAAGAUGCUGCACUUUUACUGGGAGGUAUGCCCAAAGCUUGAUAACGAGGGCAAGUUGAAGCAGGAAAUGAUCUUGGUAUGCAAUGCCAUCCGAAACGACCUGCAGCACCCCAAUGAAUAUAUUCGUGGCUCUACCUUGCGUUUCUUGCAAAAGAUUCAGGAGCAGGAGAUUCUGGAGCCGUUGAUCCCGACGGUUCGUCAAUGUCUGGACCACCGUCACAGCUAUGUACGCAAGAAUGCUGUCAUGGCUAUCUGGACGAUUUAUGAGCGACACGAGCAUUUAUUGAGCGAUGCGCCCGAGCUUAUUGAAUCCUUCUUGGCUGGAGAAGCUGAUGCAACAUGCAAGCGAAAUGCACUCGCUAUGCUAGUGCACUGCGAUCUGGAACGGGCUGUUGCUUAUCUCGACGGCGUUAUUAGCCAAGUGCCUGUGAUGGAUGAGCUCAUGCAGAUGGCGGUCAUUGAACUCAUUCGCAAAGAUGCCAAGAAUGAAAGUGAACGUACAAAUGGCUAUAUCCAGAUUGUAUCUGAGCUUUUGGCGUCGUCGAGCCAUGCCGUGAAGUACGAGGCGGCUAUUACACUCGCUGGCCUGGCCCACAAUGUGCCUGCUGUGAAGGCGAUUGCCAGUGCACUAAUCGAGCUUACUGUACAGGAGAGUGACAACAAUGUGAAAUUGAUUGUGCUGGAUCGUCUGGACGCCCUCCGCAAGCGUCAUGAACACGUAUUGGAUCCGUUAGUGAUCGAUUUGCUUCGUAUCCUAUCCAGCCCCGAUAUGGAUGUGCGCGAAAAGGUGCUGGACAUGGCCCUGGAAAUGCUCACUGUGCGUACUGUAGAAGAGGUCGUUCUUCUUCUCCGCAAAGAACUUGUGAAGACGUCGCAGGGUCAAGAUACUGGCACGGAUUACCGUCAUUUGCUUAUCAAGACACUGCAUGCGUGCGCAGUGCGCUUCUCUGAAGUAUCAGGCACGGUGAUGCACGAGCUGAUGAACUUCUUGGGCGACUCAGGCAGCUCGUUGGCCGUGGAGGUGAUUGCAUUUGUGCGUGAAGUGGUCGAGCGCUUCCCGAACUUGCGCGAGGAUAUCUUGUCGAAGCUGAUCCGCGCUUUCCCUGACUUCCGCAAUGGAAAAGUGUAUCGUGGUGCUCUGUGGAUUGUCGGAGACUACUGCAACUCUGUGGAAAUGGUCCAUGAGGUCAUGCAGCAGAUCCGCAAAGUUUUGGGCGAAGUCCCAAUCCUGGCGGCGGAAGAGCAUGUGCAGGACCAAACCGAGCCUGCCGCUUCGGAGGAAGCGCCUGCGAAGUCGGCACCUAGUGCAGCUACGCGUGUUCGUGCGGAUGGCACGUACGCCACGGAGUCCGCUUUUACAAUCGAGUCGUCAGGCGAGAAGACACGCUCGCUGCGUUCCAAGCCACCACUGCGAAGCCUGAUUCUCUAUGGCGACUUUUACACGGCCUCCGUGUUGGCCGUGACGCUCGUCAAGCUGACGCUGCGCUUCUUGAGCCUGUCGUCGGACGAAGAAGCAAAGAACAUCCUUCGUGCCGAGGCCAUGUUGAUCAUGACCUCAAUUAUUCGCGUGGGCCAGUCUACAUUUGUCUCUUCCAAGAUCGACGAGGAUUCCAAGGAGCGUAUUAUGACAUGCUUGCAGAUUCUUGGCCGUGCCUCACUCUCUCUUGACGAAGCCCAUGCUGCGGCUGACAUUUUCCUGAAAGACUCUCGUCAUGCCUAUGCAACAAUGCUGGAGCAUGAGCGUGCGAAGAACACCUCCAAGGCCGACAAACAAAUGUCGGUUGUCACGCAGCCGCAUGAGCAGCUUGUCUUCCGCCAGCUGGGCGGCUCUCAUGCCGAUCAGGAUGACAUCGACUACGAGGCGGAGCUGAAUAGGGCGACAGGCAAGUCUGCUGUCUCGAAAGACGAUUUCAUCAGCAAGCUACAACGUGUCGUACAACUCACUGGUUUCUCCGACCCUGUGUAUGCCGAGGCCUAUGUCGAUGUGCACCAGUUCGAUAUUCUCCUGGACAUUUUGGUGGUCAACCAAACAGAGGAGACAUACCAAAACCUCAGCGUAGAGCUGGCGACAUUGGGUGACUUGAAAGUUGUCGAGCGUCCCUCGACCCAUACCAUUGGCCCGUACAGCUUCCAGAGCAUCAAGGCCACCAUCAAGGUCUCUUCCACCGAGACAGGUGUCAUCUUCGGUAACAUCGUGUACGAGCCUGCGAGCGUCAGCAGUAUGGGCUCGGGCGAUAACUCGUAUGUGGUGAUGAACGAUAUUCACGUGGAUAUUAUGGACUACAUUUCUCCGUCCUACGUGUCUGAGACCCAAUUCCGCAGUAUGUGGACUGGAUUCGAGUGGGAGAACAAGGUCAAUGUCAAGACUCACAUUUCGGAUGUGCGUGAAUACCUUGAACAAGUGAUGAAGGCUACAAACAUGGCGUGCCUUACCCCAGAGGCUAGCUUGGCAGGCGAAUGCGGUUUCCUGAGUGCCAACCUCUCUGCUGUGAGCUUGUUUGGUGAGGACGCAUUGGCCAACGUAAGCAUUGAACGUCUAGAUGAUGGCACGAUUCAGGGCCAUGUGCGGAUCCGCUCGAAGACGCAGGGUAUUGCGCUGAGUCUUGGCGAUAAGAUUACAUUGGUGCAAAAGGCAUCUUCUACGUAG